AUGAAGUCACUUGCCUGGUCGGCGGUAUUUCUCCCCUUCGCCCUUGCUUCGGCAGUUCCAAGAGCAGAUGCAGGCGCGAAGGUCGAUUACACUGGCUUCAAGGGCCUCCGUGUCAAGAUUCCACACGGCCAUAGCCAUUUCGAUGUCGAGAAGGACCUUGCCGGGCUCCUAACCCAUGUCGUCAACUUUGGGCACGGAGACUACCUUGAUAUUGUAGUGUCUCCGGAGAAAGUUGCAUCUGUGGAGCAGCGUGUUGACGCCGAGGUUGUCGUUCACGACGUCGGAGCUGCUCUUGCAGAAGAGGGAGAACCUAUUCGAACAUAUGCCGUCCCAUCGGAGUCCUGGUUCACCGGUUAUCACACCUACGCGGACCACUUGCAGUUUCUUAAGGACUUGCAGGGAGGAUUUCCCCAGCAGUCUGAGCUUAUAAACAUCGGAAACUCAGUGCAAAAUCGCGCAAUCUCGGGAAUUCAUAUAUGGGGAAGCGGUGGAAAAGGCAGCAAGCCUGCGGUGCUUUUCCACGGCACCGUACAUGCACGAGAAUGGAUUAGCACGAUGACGGCCGAGUACAUGGCAUGGCAGCUCUUGACUCUGUAUAGCAAUACGCCGGCCGUCCGAGCUUUGGUUGACAAUUACGACUUCUACAUUCUGCCCAUCGUCAACCCAGAUGGUUUCGUAUACACACAGACCAAUGACCGGUACUGGCGCAAGAAUCGCCAAACAGUGAGUUCCAGCUCUUGUGUUGGGCGCGAUAUCAACCGCAACUGGUCGUACAAGUGGGAGAUUCCGGGUGGCGCUUCGACGAGCCCCUGCUCAGAGACCUACAAGGGUCAGGCUCCAGGAGAUUCUCCUGAAGCACGCGCUCUCAUGCGGCAUGUCGACAGCUUGCGCGAUGGGAAAGGAAUUAAGUUUUAUAUUGAUUUCCAUUCCUACGGGCAGUACAUUCUCUGGCCCUUCGGAUAUGACUGCUCCUUUGUCGCACCUGAUGACGCCGCCCACAAUUCUCUUGCCUCAAAAGGUCGCACGGCUAUUAGCAAUGUAUAUGGCACGUCAUAUACCAUCGGAAACUCAUGCCGGGCCUUGUAUGCUACUACGGGUGACAGCGUCGACUAUGUGCAUGGCGUCGGUAACUCGACCUACAGCUACACAAUCGAGCUUCGAGACACGGGACGAUCUGGAUUUGCUCUACCGGCAUCCCAGAUCCAGCCCACGGUGAAGGAAACUUGGGCAGGUGUUAUUGCAAUGCUAGCAAAUAUUUAUCACAAGGUCGAGCCAGGCAGGCCUCCCCCAGGUGAGAGUGAUGACGGCGAUAGCUCGGGCCAUGGAUUGCAGCUUGUUGUCAAAGCCAAUACUGUCGAUGGCAUGGUUCCUGUCGGUGAAAUCGCUACGAAAAGAGGCGACAUCUACCAUGGCACGUUUCGAGCCAGUAUCAAGUUGACACGCUCUUUGGGUACCUGCACCGCUUUUUAUUGGUACUUCAACGACUCUCAAGAAAUCGACAUGGAAUUCCUCUCGAAGGAGUUCAACUUCGAAACCAAUACAUUUCCGGUUAACCUUGUGCUACACUCGAAAGAAAGCGUAGCCGCAGGGUUUGACGCCGUCAAAGCUGGGACGUGGGCUCGCGUAAACCUUCCAUUUGAUCCUACCGAAGACUACCAUGAGUACCGUUUCGAUUUCAUUCCUGGUUCAGUAAACUUCUACGCCGAAGGAGUCAACAUAGCAACCAUGGACGGUCCCGCUGUACCAACAUCCUCGGGGCAUAUUUUGCUUUCCCAUUGGAGCAGCGGGAAUCCAAAAUGGUCAGGAGGGCCCCCUGAACAGGAUGCCACCGUCGCCAUCCGAUACUUCAAAGCCUACUUUAACUCCUCCGAUGCCGAUCGCCAGACCGAGUGGGAGCGGCGGUGCCGGGAUGCCAAUGACCCUGAUACUUUAUGUCAUGUACCUUCGGUUUUGGACGACCCGGACGCCGCGGCGCAUUUCUUCACCGCAACUACACCCACAGACGAGAAAACCGGGGAUGGCAAUGCAGGAUCCACGAUUUCGAGGCCGCUUGGGUUCUUAUCAUGGAUGGCGGUUGUAUGGGCGGGGUAUUGGCAUUCUUCCUGGAUGGACUUGUACAUCUAA